AUGUCUGCUUGUAAUACCUUUACUGAACACGUUUGGAAACCUGGUGAAUGCAAGAACUGCUUUAAACCUAAAAGUUUACACCAGCUGCCCCCAGACCCUGAGAAGGCACCCAUCACCCAUGGCAAUAAAACUAAUGCCAACCACAGUAACAACCACCGAAUCAGGAACACUGGAAACUUCCGGCCUCCUGUGGCUAAAAAACCCACCAUCGCUGUGAAGCCGACUAUGAUGGUGGCAGAUGGGCAAAGUGUGUGUGGUGAGCUUAGUAUACAAGAACACUGUGAGAAUAAACCUGUCGUCAUAGGAUGGAACCGAAACAGGAUGGCCUUGAAUCAGAAACCACUUAAUAAUAAUAAUGAAGAUGAUGUUGAAGGAUUUAGCCAUGUCCCUAAACCUUAUGGGAAUAACGAUAGUGCAAAGAAGAUUUCAAAUAACAAUAAUGGACUAACUGAGGUAUUAAAGGAGAUAGCAGGCUUGGAUACCACCCCUCAAAUAAAAGAAAAUGAGACUAACUCCAGAGAGACAUUCUUAGGAAGAAUAAAUGAUUGCUAUAAACGAUCCCUGGAAAGGAAGCUUCCACCAAGUUGCAUGAUGGGUGGGAUGAAGGAUACUCAGGGCAAGCACGUUAUUCUGAGUGGGAGCACAGAAGUGAUCAGUAAUGAAGGGGGUCGAUUCUGUUACCCAGAGUUUUCUAGUGGUGAAGAGAGCGAGGAAGAUGUGCUUUUGAGUAACAUGGAGGAGGAGCACGAGAGCUGGGAUGAAAGUGAUGAGGAACUGCUGGCCAUGGAGAUUCGCAUGAGAGGGCAACCUCGCUUUGCCAACUUUCGGGCAAACACUUUGUCUCCAGUGCGAUUCUUCGUGGACAAAAAAUGGAAUACCGUCCCCCUGCGAAAUAAAUCUCUGCAAAGAAUCUGUGCUGUAGACUAUGAUGACAGUUAUGAUGAAAUCCUGAAUGGUUAUGAAGAGAAUUCUGUGGUCUCCUAUGGACCAGGAAGCACUCAGAGCAUGGUGUCAUCCGACUCCACAUCCCCAGAUUCCUCUUUAACAGAAGAAUCACGUUCUGAGACAGCCAGCAGUUUAUCCCAGAAGAUCUGUAAUGGGGGAAUUGCUCCUGGUAACCCGGGAGAUUCUAAGGACUUGAAGGAAAGUGAGCCCAAUUAUGAAAGCCUCUCUGGUAAUGAUCAGGAGAAGGACUCCUCACAAGCCUCUAAAAGCUCAGCAAAAGUUCCAGAGACACACAAAGCAGUCCUUGCUCUCCGAUUAGAAGAGAAGGAUGGCAAGAUUGCCGUACAGACUGAGAAGCCAGAAAGUAAAGCCUCUACAGAUAUUGCUGGGCAGGCAGUAACCAUAAACCUUGUUCCUGUGGAAGAGCAAGCAAAGCCCUACCGAGUUGUGAAUCUGGAGCAGCCUUUGUGCAAGCCGUAUACUGUCGUGGAUGUGUCAGCAGCUAUGGCCAGUGAGCACCUUGAGGGCCAUGCUAAUAGUCCCAAGACUAAAAGCUCAUCUUCUACUCCAAACUCUCCGGUGACAUCACCUGCACUGACAUCAGGACACAUAAGUGCCCAUUUCCAAAAAUCCAGUGCCAUUCGCUACCAGGAAGUAUGGACUUCCAGCACCAGUCCACGACAGAAGAUACCUAAGGUGGAGUUAAUCAGCAGUGGGACUGGACCGAAUGUCCCUCCAAGGAAAAUCUGUCACAAAUCAGCACCUACUUCACCCACAGCUACAAAUGUUUCCUCCAAAACCAUCCCUGUGAAGUCACCCAAUUUGUCUGAAAUAAAAUUUAACAGUUAUAACAAUGCUGGUAUGCCACCUUUUCCAAUUAUUAUUCAUGAUGAGCCAACUUAUGCUCGGAGUUCCAAAAAUGCUAUCAAAGUUCCCAUUGUAAUCAAUCCAAAUGCGUAUGACAAUCUAGCCAUUUACAAGAGUUUUCUCGGAACCAGUGGAGAACUUUCAGUGAAGGAGAAAACCACAAGUGUAAUAAGCCACACUUAUGAAGAAAUAGAGACUGAGAGCAAAGCGUCUGAUAACACUACUAGCAAACCCACUGAAUGUCCCCAAGCUAAAGGGUUUUCAAACAGCACAGAGCGUAAAAGGGGCUCAGUGGCUCAGAAGGUUCAGGAGUUUAACAGCUGUCUUAACAGAAGUCAGUCUUCACCACAGAGAAGCUACAGUUCUAGCCACAGCUCCCCAACAAAGCUCCAGAGAACCACUCAAGAACCUGUGGCCAAAACAGAAAGCACUCAGGAGCCUCAGGUGGUGGGCAGUGUCAGUAGCACCCGAGAGAAAGCAAGCACCGUGCUUUCUCAGAUUGUGGCUUCUAUCCAGCCCCCACAGUCUCCUCCAGAAAUGCCCCAGUCUGGCCCUAAAGCUUGCAGUGUGGAAGAGCUUUAUGCAGUUCCUCCUGAUGCCGGUGCUGCUAAGACUACACCCAAGAGUACACCGGUGCGCCCCAAAUCUCUCUUCACGUCCCAGCCCAGUGCUGAGGCUGAAGCACCUCAGACCACAGAAAGUCCUACCACCAAACCACAGAAAGAUCCACUCACAAAGCCGGUCGCCACCCCUCCCUCCAAAUUAGUGACGAACCCCCAAAGCGAGCCAACAGCCCCCUUUCCCCCACCACGCUCGACCUCCUCCCCUUACCAUGCAAGUAACCUUUUGCAGAGGCAUUUCACCAACUGGACCAAGCCAACCAGCCCGACCAGGUCAACCGAAGCUGAAUCAGUUUUGCACUCUGAAGGCAGCAGGAGGGCAGCUGAUGCAAAACCUAAACGCUGGAUCUCAUUUAAAAGUUUCUUCCGCCGUCGGAAAACAGACGAGGAGGACGACAAAGAGAAAGACCGGGAGAAAGGGAAACUGGUGGGCCUGGAUGGCACAGUCAUCCACAUGCUGCCACCUCCUCCAGUACAGCGCCAUCACUGGUUCACAGAGGCAAAAGGAGAAUCCAGCGAGAAGCCAGCCAUUGUCUUCAUGUACAGGUGCGACCCUGCCCAAGGCCAGCUCAGCAUAGAUCAGGGCAAAGCCAGGGCAGAGCAGUCAGCAGUCACAGAGAAGGGUGGAGCAGAGGAGGGGUCACUGCAGGACUCAGAGAAGAAGAAAAGGAAUCAUUCAUCUCCAUCACAGAUUCCUAAGAAAAUUCUCAGUCACGUGACUCAUGAAGUGACAGAGGAUUUUUCUCCUCGGGAUCCAAGAACUGUUGUUGUGAAGCAAGAUGGCGGGGGCUGCACUUCAGUCACACCAGCAUUGCACCUACCUGAACUGGAAAGAGAAGAGGAAAAAGAGGACAUUUCAGAUCCUCUGGACCUGAAUCCCUGUAGUGCAACAUACAGCAAUUUAGGACAAUCUAGAGCAGCCAUGAUACCUCCCAAGCAUCCACGGCAGCCUAAGGGAGCUUUGGAUGAUGCCAUCGCCUUUGGCGGGAAAACAGACCAAGAAGCACCUAACGCUUUGCAACCAACACCACCCCCACUGCCAAAGAAAAUGAUUAUAAGAGCCAAUACAGAGCCACUCUCCAAAGACCUCCAAAAGUCCCUGGAAACUACCCUUUGUGUCAUGGCUAAUCCCACCUACGAUAUCGACCCCAGCUGGGAUGCCAGCAGUGCUGGCUCCUCAGUCAGCUAUGAACUCAAGGGACUAGACGCUGAGUCUUAUGACUCCUUGGAGAGACCUUUGCACAAGGAGAGACGUGUGCCCUCAGCAGCAAACAGCAUCUCCAGCCUAACCACUCUCAGUAUUAAGGAUAGGUUUUCCAACAGCACAGAGUCCCUGUCCAGCCGGCGGGGUCCCUCCGGUAGACAGGCCCGGAGUAUCCAGAAGCCACAGAGACAAGCACUUUAUCGAGGACUUGAGAAUCGUGAAGAAGUGGUGGGUAAAAUCCGGAGCCUUCAUACAGAUGCUUUGAAGAAACUGGCUGUUAAAUGUGAAGACCUCUUCAUGGCUGGGCAGAAAGACCAACUCCGUUUUGGGGUAGACAGCUGGUCAGACUUCAGGCUGACCAGUGACAAGCCAUGCUGUGAGGCUGGUGAUGCAGUUUACUAUACAGCUUCAUAUGCAAAAGAUCCACUUAACAACUAUGCAGUCAAGAUCUGUAAGAGCAAAGCUAAGGAAUCGCAGCAAUAUUACCACAGCUUGGCUAUCCGGCAGAGUCUGGCUGUCCAUUUUAACAUCCAGCAGGACUGCGGUCACUUCCUUGCCGAAGUUCCUAAGCGCCUGCUUCCCUGGGAGGAUCCCGACGCCCCCGAAGAGGAAGAGGAUGACAUGGAAGCAACGGAAGAGGUGAAAGGAGAAGCUGAUGGGAAGAGCCCAGACCUGGGCUCCGAAGCAGAGUCGUCGUCCCACAAAGAAAGCCAGGCAGUCGUCAGCAGGAAGCAGAGGAGCCACGUUGUGGUCAUCACCAGAGAGGUUCCCUGUCUCACAGUGGCUGACUUUGUGCGCGACUCCCUGGCACAGCAUGGGAAAAGCCCGGAUGCAUACGAGAGGCAAGUGUGUCUGCUGCUUCUGCAGCUGUGCUCGGGCCUGGAGCACCUCAAACCCUACCACGUCACCCACUGCGAUCUGCGUCUGGAGAACCUGCUGCUCGUCCACUACCAGCCCGGGGGGCCCACCCAGGGCCUGGGGCCCGCAGAGCCUAGCCCCACCCCAUCCUGUCCCACGAGGCUCAUCGUCAGCAACUUCUCCCAGGCCAAGCAGAAGAGCCAUUUGGUAGACCCUGAGAUCCUCCGGGACCAGUCCCGCCUCGCCCCGGAGAUCAUCACGGCUACGCAAUAUAAAAAGUGUGAUGAGUUCCAGACAGGCAUCCUCAUCUACGAGAUGCUGCACCUGCCCAACCCUUUUGAUGAGAACCCAGAGCUGAAGGAAAAGGAGUACACUCGAGCCGACCUGCCCCGCAUCCCACUCCGCUCCCCCUAUUCCCGGGGCCUGCAGCAGCUGGCCAGCUGCCUCCUGAAUCCCAACCCUUCUGAGCGGAUCCUCAUUUCAGAUGCCAAAGGCAUCCUCCAGUGUCUGCUCUGGGGUCCCCGGGAAGAUCUCUUCCAGACUUUCACUGCCUCUCCCAGCCCUGGUCACAGAAAUACCCUGCUCCAGAACUGGCUGGACAUCAAGCGCACACUGCUCAUGAUCAAGUUUGCCGAGAAGUCCCUGGACCGGGAGGCUGGCGUCAGCCUGGAGGACUGGCUUUGUGCUCAGUAUCUGGCUUUUGCCACUCCGGACUCUCUCAGCUGUAUUGUGAAAAUCCUGCAGCCCCGUUAA